AUGUCACUUCUUAGAUGCACGGCACAGCGCCUGUGUGCUAGCACUGGCUCUUGCUUGAUUGGCCCUUUUGCAUCAUCAUCGCGCGUGGCACCGCACAACUUGCAAUUUACCCACAUUCUGGGAACACGACAAUUUUCACUCUUUGGCGAGGCGAUAAAUCACUCGAAACUGCUGGUACAGUGCACGGUGUCUCCAGCACGCUCUGACAAGUAUGAGGGCGGGAGAAAUGCUGCCCACAGGGGCGAGAAAGCGAGUGCGUGCGGGCCUGUCGAGUUUGAAUGUCAGCUGAGCAACAUGUGCCGCGGCUUCCCACUCACCGUGUCGCUGUGUUGCAGCACGCGCGCUGGGCUCCUGCUAAUCAAUGGUGCAAGGUUUUUGCCGGCGGGUGCGACUGUGCUGGAGGGGCCGGAAUGCACACAUAACCAAUUCAUCUACCACGGCCCGCACAUGAACCAGUCGCAUUUGGCAGAGCUUGUUCUUGGGCACAGGCGUCCUAAUUCACCGCUAGAUGACAUCGCUCAUAUGGAGGCUAUCUUUUUCAGUGCGGUGCGUUGCUUUGGCAGCUCUUCGAGUACCUGGUUUGGUCAUACCCCAGUCCACACUAUAAAACCGGAGCUUGCUGAUCGUAUUGCCGAGCUAGUGCGUGCCUUUGGGGUUGAUGAUGCACUCGCUGAAUACGUCGAAUGCAAGGCACAGACUGUAGAGAGACUGGAGCGGGACGCGUGGGUUCAUGUCUCGAAUAGUGUUUUAUCAAACCGAGAGAAACGCUAG